AUGGUGUAUGCCAAAAUGAGAGAUGUUGAUAUUAAACAAAUUAAUUGUGAUACAGUCGUGGGUGAUGGUGUUAAAGUGGAUGAUAAAAUCGAGGCUAUUGUUAGUGAGGUAGCACCUGAAAAGAUAACAGGAAACAUUAGUAAAUGUGAAAUACCUACUAUAGAUAAAGACA